ACCCCGCAGCCAAUCACCGCGCAGCUCGUCCCUCGGGCUUGUACCCUUUAGUGAAAGAAUUCAGCUCCUUGCGAGAAAGUUACCUGUGGCCGCCCAAGUCCGCCACUUUGUGCUCUGUGGCUGCCCACUGCCACGAUCCGGGAGGACUCCGCGCCGCCCGGCCGCCUCCGAGCUCGGGCCCCAUGUGAGGGGGCCCCCCCUUAUCCCACCUUUCCGGCUAGGUGAGGGCGCGAGCGGGCGAGCGAGCGAGAUUGGUGAGGGGGGACGGAAAAGCAGAAUUACCUGUAGCUCUUGUUCUGCCAUCUCGGGCUCUCACACACCUUCACCUGCACAGACUUGAAAGUCCAGUUUCACCAGAGGCUGAGGCUCCAGGAAAAGGGGAGCGAGUUCAUUGGAUCAAACAUGUCACAAGAGUCGGACAAUAAUAAACGACUGGUGGCCUUAGUGCCCAUGCCCAGUGACCCUCCAUUUAAUACCCGAAGAGCCUACACCAGUGAGGAUGAAGCCUGGAAGUCGUAUUUGGAGAACCCCCUGACGGCGGCCACCAAGGCGAUGAUGAGUAUCAACGGUGAUGAGGACAGUGCUGCCGCCCUUGGCCUGCUGUAUGACUAUUACAAGGUUCCUCGAGACAAGAGGCUGCUGUCUGUAAGCAAAGCAAGUGACAGCCAAGAAGACCAGGAUAAAAGAAACUGUCUUGGCACCAGUGGAGCCCAGAGUAGUUUGAGUGGAGGAGAAAAUCGAGUGCAGGUCCUAAAGACUGUUCCAGUGAACCUUUCCCUAAAUCAAGACCACCUGGAGAAUUCAAAACGGGAACAGUAUAGCACGAACGUCUCUGAGAGCCCAGCUGUCAUCCCCAUGGCGGGAAUCACAGUGGUGAAGGCCGAAGAUUUCACGCCGGUUUUCACGGCCCCACCUGUGCACUAUCCCCGGGGAGAUGGUGAAGAGCAACGCGUGGUUAUCUUUGAACAGACUCAGUAUGGUGUGCCGUCCGUGGCCAGCCACAGCACCUACCUCAAGGAUGAUCAGCGCAGCACCCCGGACAGUACUUACAGCGAGAGCUUCAAAGACGGAAACACAGAGAAAUUCCGGAGUGCUUCAGUUGGGGCUGAGGAGUACAUGUACGACCAGACAUCAAGUGGCACAUUUCAGUACACCCUGGAAGCCACCAAAUCUCUCCGUCAGAAGCAGGGGGAGGGCCCCAUGACCUACCUCAACAAGGGACAGUUCUAUGCCAUCACGCUCAGCGAGACGGGGGACAACAAGUGCUUCCGACACCCCAUCAGCAAAGUCAGGAGCGUGGUAAUGGUGGUCUUCAGUGAAGACAAAAACCGGGACGAGCAGCUGAAAUACUGGAAGUACUGGCACUCUCGACAGCACACGGCCAAGCAGAGGGUCCUCGACAUCGCUGAUUACAAGGAGAGCUUUAAUACGAUCGGCAACAUUGAAGAGAUUGCAUAUAACGCCGUCUCCUUCACCUGGGACGUGAAUGAAGAAGCUAAGAUUUUCAUCACUGUGAAUUGCCUGAGUACAGAUUUCUCCUCCCAAAAAGGAGUGAAAGGACUUCCUUUGAUGAUUCAGAUUGAUACAUACAGUUAUAAUAAUCGUAGCAAUAAACCCAUUCAUAGAGCUUAUUGCCAGAUCAAGGUCUUCUGCGACAAAGGAGCAGAAAGAAAAAUCCGAGACGAAGAGAGGAAGCAGAACAGGAAGAAGGGGAAAGGCCAGGCCUCCCAAACCCAGUGCAACAACUCCUCUGAUGGGAAGUUGGCAGCGAUACCGUUACAGAAGAAGAGCGACAUCACCUACUUCAAGACAAUGCCUGAUCUGCACUCCCAGCCCGUCCUCUUCAUACCCGAUGUUCACUUUGCAAACCUGCAGAGGACAGGACAGGUGUAUUACAACACGGAUGAUGAACGAGAAGGCAGUGUCCUUGUGAAACGGAUGUUCAGGCCCAUGGAAGAGGAGUUUGGUCCAGCACCUUCUAAGCAGAUGAAGGAAGAAGGGAUGAAGCGAGUGCUUUUGUACGUGAGGAAGGAGACAGACGAUGUGUUUGAUGCCUUGAUGUUGAAAUCCCCCACCGUGAGGGGCCUGAUGGAAGCGAUAUCUGAGAAAUACGGGCUGCCCGUGGAAAAGAUAACAAAGCUUUACAAGAAAAGCAAAAAAGGCAUCCUGGUGAACAUGGACGACAACAUCAUCGAGCACUACUCGAAUGAGGACACCUUCAUCCUCAACAUGGAGAGCACGGUGGAGGGCUUCAAGGUCACGCUCAUGGAGAUCUGAGCCCUGCUCCGGGCAGCAGCCCUCAGGGCCUUUCUCCCCGGGGCAGCCGGAAGCCCGGGCCCUGCAGACCCACCCAGCCCAUCUCACAACUGCUGUUACACGACCGCGCUGGGGAGCGGGCCGAGGCCUGAAGCCCCGUGUUUGGUCCGCCCGCCGGCUCCUGCCAUGGAGCCGUAGCCCAAGCGCCUCGGGAAAGGGCCUUGCGCCUGUUGGAUCCUUAUUUAUUGUCCACCUUUCUCUGGAGCCCAGGGCCCAGGCCCGCCAGGGCUCUGCAGGUCACUGCUGGCUCCAGGUGCCACCGUCCAGAGCCCUCCCCUUCAAUCCAUUCAUCCCGAAGGGCCUGAGGAUGCUCGCCCCUGCCGUCUCACCUCCUUACGUCUCCUGAGUGGACGGACAGAACGAGCCAUUUCCUUCAUCAGAGGUCGGGGGAGAGGCGGACGCCCCUUCCUGGUGAGAAACCUUCAGGCUGCUCGGAGACGGUCAUCUCGCCGAUACCCCCAGGGGUUCCCAGUGAGUGGCCAGCAGGCCGUGUACAGGAAGACAUUCAGCCACUGUGUAAUUAGUAAGUAACCUAGAAGGUGUGCCUGGCUACCCGUGUACAUAGUGUUUAUAAUAUGGCAAUAAUAUAUUCUACCUGUGCUAUGUGGGCAUGUUUACUGCCACUGGCCGGGGGAGGCACAUACCUGGAGACCCUGCUUUCUCCAAGAG